AUGGCAAUGAUAAAUAACAAAAAACGAUGUUUCGUUUGUAACAAAGACAAAAUCAUUUAUUCUUGUUCAGGUUGUUCCAAAGAGUUUUGUUUAUUACAUUUAAAUGAACAUCUGCAAAGUUUAAAUGAAGAUUUCAACACGAUUAUCAAUGAUUAUGAUCAAUUUAGGGAUCAAAUCAAUAAAAAGCAAUCCGUUUCUUCCUCAAUGAAACAAAUUGAUCAAUGGGAAAAGAAAUCGAUCGAAUUAAUUCAACAAACUGCUCAACGAUAUCGAAAUAUUUUAAUCGAAAAAGAAAGAAAAGAUCUCGAUAAAUUAAGGAGAAAAUUUGAUGAAAUAACAGAAAAAAUGAAAAAAGUUCAAAANAAAAGUCAUAUUCCAUUGAAUAAUCGUUCAUUUACAAUUGAUUUUUGGUUUUAUACAACUAAUCUCACAGGUUUUAAAGAUUUGAUUUUUGCUGGUGAAUGUCAAUCAUCGACAAACGAUCACUGUUUAUGUCUCAAUGUUCGUUAUAAACUUCUUCGCCUAGUAUUUUUUAGCGAUGAUACAUUUGCCAAAACACAUUUAAUGAUAAAUCGAUGGUAUCACGCAACAUAUGUGUACGAUUCGACAGUAAAACAACAGUUGAUUUAUUUAAAUGGUUUAUUAGAUGGGAAUGCAACUGUGAGUAAUCAUUUGUCUGCAACAGUUGCAUUAUUUACGAUUGGUGGUGGACCGGCUGGUGGAGAUUCAUCACCGUUUGUUUAUUAUUCUGGUUCUAUUGAUCAUUUUGGAAUCAGUUAUCGGGUUAAAAGUCCAUGUGAAAUCUACUUAAAUGCAAUACUUUUCUGUUAUUUUCAAUUUGAAUCUUUCUCACCUUUAAUUGACUCUGGACCAAAUCUGAUCAAUGCCAUCAAUUCAAAUGGAAUUCAAACAAUUGGACGAGUAAAUCAAGGAAUACAAUUCUCAUCUUCAUUGUCAUAUGUGACAAUUGAAGGAAUUAAUCUUUUCAAUAUGUUAAAUUAUCCAUUUACAAUCUCUAUGUGGAUUAAACCAAUGAAUUUGACUGGUGGUGGAACACUUCUUCAUGCAUCAACUCAAUCUAAUGGUUUGGGUGUUUGUUUUUCCUUGUGGGGAUUUUCUUCGAAUGGUUCAUUCAAUGUAAAUUUCAUUGAUUCAUCAAAUCAACUUACUUCAAUGACGAUUUCAAGUUCAUUUUCAUUGAAUCAAUGGACUCAUCUUCUUCAAAGAUAUGAUCCAUCAAGUGGAACUGAUUUCUACGUGAAUGGAACUGUGAUUAUAUCAAAUGCAUCAUUAUCAACACGUUCGCCCAUUGGAUCUUAUGUUUUUCUUGGUUCAUCGCCAACAAAUACGAGUUCUUGUCAAAGAGGAUCGAUUUCAAUGAAACAGUUUGUUGGUGUUGUUGAUGAAUUAUACAUUUUUAGCGAAGCAUUAACACCGAAUGAUAUUUGUCAUUUAUCAAAUCCUUGA